CCUUCCUUUCUCGGAAAACUGCUCGUCUUUCGCUGCGCCGAUGUUCGUCUCCACAGACAAUGCUUCGCAUAAUCUUUGCACCCCGCGCGCCACACGGCGUUUGUCGAAAACAUAUAUAACAGGCUGCCCUUGCUGCCGUCCUCCUCAGCACUCGAACAUACCCACUCCUCCAAAAGCUUAACAUCUAAGGAUCCUCCUUCGCCACACACCUUCUACACCAUGUCUACCGAGUCACAGAACGUGAAGACCUUCUACGCCGACGCCGUCCUCUUUGAUAUGGACGGCACCCUCACCGACUCCAUCUCAGCGGUCGAGGCGGCAUGGGGCAAGGUCGCAAAGGACAUUGGGCACGACCCUGCCUACGUGAUCGCUGCCACUCACGGCAAGCGCGCCGUCGACAACCUCGCCCAGUUCAAGCCGCACAUCAAGCAGCACGAGAUGGACAACGAGGUGCAGGCCUUCGAGGAGUCGAUCCUCUACUUCGCCGACGCGUACAACCUCCACGGCCCUGGUUCGCGCCAGAACUCCCCCGUCGCCACACCCGCUGUCUCGGGCGCAACAACACCCGCCCUCACCCCGGGUAACUCCGCCCCCUCUUCUCGCAACUCCUCGCGUGCAUCGUCAUUCGUCGGCGGUCUCAGCAACCUCACCGCGUUCCGCCGCCGCCCAUCAUUCCUCCACCGCGUCAGCAGCCUGCUUGCAAUGACGCCCGACCGUGCACGCAUCGCUGAGUCGACCGUGGACGAGGACGAGGAGAGCACGUUCGCUCAGGAGCAGGACAAGAGUAAGCAGGACAAGCUUCACCAGCUGCAGGCGUGGCAGGAGGAGGCCGCAGCGGUCGACCGCUCCGUGCGCAUACUCCCUGGCGUGAAGAGGAUGAUUGAGUCCAUCCCCGAGGGUCACUACGCUGUUGCGACCUCCGGCGCAAAGACAUAUGCGUACGGCUGCAUGACCCGUGUGGGCAUCACCCCUCCGCCCGUCACCAUCACCGCCGACGACAAGCGCCUUAAGGCCGGCAAGCCCGCGCCCGACCCGUUCUUGCUCGCGGCGGAGUGCCUCGGCUUCGACGCGAAGAAGUGCGUCGUUUUCGAGGACUCGCCCUCCGGCAUCAAGGCCGGCGUCGCGUCGGGCGCGACGGUCAUCGCCGUCUGCACGUCGCACGAGAAGGAGAAGAUCGAGAACGCCGGCGCGCACUACCUCGUCGAGAACAUGGACAAGGUCAAGUGCGAGCCCGUCCAGGUCGACGGCCAGCUCAAGCUCAAGUUCACCGUCUACGACGCCGUGUGCUGAUCGCCCGAGCUCGGCUGAUGGCCCGUGCGGCGUCAGCGUGUUGUACAUCAUGUAGCCCUAGCCUCCUCUAUGCUCCUCGUGCCUUCGUCGCUUUCCUUGUUGUCCGCUCACUGCCAGACAGUUGUACUAUAUAAUCCGUUCCAUAGACGUGCACCAUGACUGAUACCACUGCAAUUUGUUUGUUCCUACAUACUAUUUGUCCGAAUGCGAGAGUUUUCUCCGCCUA